CACAUGACUACGCCACCAUUCGGCGCUACUUCUGUUGAGUUGAUGUUUGUACAUUUUCAGAGAGUCGUCAAACAAUCCGCCGAACAGAGCUGAUAAGGACUGUAAAGGACUACAAGGACUAGAAGGACUAGAAGGACUGUAACCAUCUGGACCUAUAAGCAUAUCAAACCUAUUACAUAUCAAAUGGGGUCAGGUACAUUUCUGCGACUGGUGGUGGGGUUCCUCCUGAGUGUCACAGGUGGAUGUGCCGCGUGUCCAGUUCCAGUCCAGUCGGCUUUAAUACUGACUCCUCCCAGCGUGGUGGUGGAAUACGGGGGCUCCAUUUCCGUCACCUGCAAAAGGUUGAUCCCGGAGACGACGACCCUGUUGUUCAACGGGGUGGGCUGGGAGGCCACGGAGAACGGCAUGAGUCUCCAGGAGGUCGACCAGCUGACCUGGACUGUGGCGAACGUGACAACCUGGAGCAUCUCGUCCGAGUGUUAUCUAACUCUGAGCAGCAAGUCCUGGUCCUCCCCCCCUAUGCAAUGCACACAGGACCUUCCCAUCGUGGUUUACACCUUUCCAGACCACGUCUCCGUCACCUCCAGCGCCGACUCGGCCGGUCAGAUGAAUGAGGGGGAGGAUCACGACCUCACAUGUACCGUCCACCAUAUCGCACCGGUUCAAUACCUGACUGUGAACUGGUACAGAGGAGAUGAACUCGUCAACACACAACGCUUCGACAAUACCAGCAAGGAGCCAGCGAGCCCGUCCUCCGUCUACAGCUUCCGGCCCAGCAGAGAGGACAACGGGACCACGUUCAGGUGUGAGGUCGUCAUGGACCUGCGACAGAAGGGGGCGGAUCUUCCUCCCGUUUUCAACGUUUCCAGAGAGGUCUCGAUAGAGGUCUUAUACCCGCCUGCCGACAUAGACGAGCUGACGGACGUUGAAGCUCGGGCCGGGGAUUCCGUCACGCUGAGGUGUCCCUGCAGGGCGAACCCCCCGCCGACCGUUCUCUGGACUUACGGCGAGGCCCCCAACGUGGAGAUGCGGAGCCACGACCACGUGUCCCUGCUGGUCAUCCACAACGCGACGAAAUACAACACGGGCUCCUACAGCUGCUCGGUCUGGAACGCCCGAGGACGAGUGUCCCGCACAGCCGUGGUUACGGUCACAGGAAAACCGGACAGAGUCGAGCUUUACGCUGUGAAUCACACGGGUCUGAUGGUGGAUGGCAUGGAGUACCAGCUGCAGUGCGACAUCAUCAACAUCACUGCUGCAGGACACCUGACAGUGAGGUGGUACAAAGGGAAUGAGACCAUACUGACCACAGAUAAGUUGCCGCUGACCAGCUGCCCCUCUGAGAACAAGAUGUCCUGUAUCAACAACAUGGUCUGGACACCGGUCAGUAAGUCGUUCAAGACCAGCAUCACCUUGGACAGAAGUCAGAAAGAGGCUCCGUACAGAUGUGAGGCUCAGCUGGACCAGGGACCGGGCCGAUUUCCUCUCACGAUGGAUUCCAAUCCUUUCCACGCCACCGUCUCUUAUAAGCCCAUCAUCAGAAGUAUUGAAGACAGAAUACCAGUAUUCAGGGGCUACCCUGCAGUUAUCGUCUGUGAGGCCGACGGCCAUCCAACGCCGAGGAUCCAGUGGCUCUACAGCUCAAACGUAGAGUCCAUGGUCCGCGUGUCCGGGGGAAACCUCACUGCGUCCGAGGAGGGCACGUACAUCUGCAAUGCCUCCAACGCCGUCGGUAGCACCUCCCAUGAAGUGAAGGUGAUUUUAAAAGAGGACUACCUGCCCCUCAUAGCAGGCUUGGUAGCCGUGGUGGUGGUGGUGAUCUCGGUCAUCUUCAUCUUCAUCUACUCCAUCUACUACAAGAACACCAAGAUGCGCCGCUACAGUCUCAAAAACCCCAACUUCAGCACGCCCAACGGCAACGUCGCUCACAACGGAUGGGACACGCAAAAGGAAAGCGGACAGGACGUAGAGGGACUUUGUUCUGGACACCAUCCCGGGGCAGGAAAUACAGUUAAAACGACGCGUAGCGACGCCAUGUGGGGUUUUGUCAAACCAAAUUUGGCACACUUCUGGGUCCUGUUCGUGCUCGGCGGGACAGUCGCGUUUCCAGGUGAGCCUGUGACGGGCAUUCUUCUGGAGCUUUCCCCGCCCAGCGUGGUUGUGCGUUACGGGGACCCUGUCACAAUAAACUGCAGCACAUCGUCCACAGAUGGGCAGGGAAUGGGCUGGGAGGCCUCAGUCGGAGGCACAGCAUUGGAAAAGGGCACCACGUUUGUUAUUUGGACGGUGAAAGCCUUGGAGGAAUGGACUGUAGCACCCGCAUGCUACAUCACUCUUCAGAACGGACGGCAGCAUGUAGAAAUGCCACCAGUCACCCUCUACAAAAUGCCUGACAAGGUGUCUGUCUCCCAACCGCUUCCUCUCGGCCCCAUGGCGGAGGGCUUCAUGCACCGGCUGCAUUGUGAAAUCAGUGAAGUUGCUCCGCUGAAGAACCUCGUUGUGACUUGGCACAAAGGAAAUGAGGUUGUCAAGAAGGAGUCGUACGACAGCCCAGUUAAAACUCCUCUCAAUGCGUCGUCUACCUACAACUUCUUCCCCCGCAGAGAAGACAACGGAGCUCAGAUGUUCUGCAAGGCACAGAUGAACCUCGGACCGUUGGGACCGAGCCCUUCUCCCAUGAUGUCAUCAGAGCCACAUGACAUGCUUGUGUACUAUCCACCUACUCUCCUCGAUCCUGAACCAGAGACGCUGGAUCUGGCAGUCAGCAAUACUGUAGUUUUAAAUUGCACGGCUGUAGGGAACCCCACACCGGCCUACAGCUGGUCGCCCCCAAGUGCCACCCAGGGGAAGAUGGAGGAUCAGGCUGUCCUCAGUUCCUCCUCGCUGCCCCAAGGGACCUACAACUGUACCACUUCCAAUGCUGCUGGCAACAGCACCAAACAAUUCAUCGUCAUCAAAACUCCUGGAGGUCGCCCCGGGACCACGGCGGGGAUUUUAGUGGCUUUGCUUGUUCCUACGUUUGUCAUUUGUGUCUACGUGGUUUAUCGCAAGAAGAUAAGGGACGUUGUCCUCCUGUGCCUCCAUAAUGUGCACACUGACAAGGGAACGAAGGCUCUCAGCCACGUUUCCCCUAAUUUGAUUUUGCGUGUACUUGUGAAAGUGUCGGUUAAGAAAAAUCGUCAACUUGAUGCCAACGACUCCCUUUAUAACCCAAACCCUGUUUUGGGGGGCCCGGCACCUGUCACGUUUCCCUCUCUCCGCGUUUUAACCCCCACCCGUGGCCCCCAAAAGUCAACCGGGAUGAAGGAAGAAGCCCCUUUGUUCCGACAUAGUCCGCUUUUCGGUUGCCAGGCUCGGUCGGGUCGGAAUUUCCUUUCCCUCCCCCUCGCUGCGAGCGGACGGUUCCCGGCCAGGACCAUGGCAGACAACUGGCUGAAGUGGAUCGCGGCGCUCUGCAUGGCCGCCUGUGUGUCGGCUGAAGGCUGCUCUCUGCUGCUGAAGCCCUCCAGGGUGGUGGUGGGCUUCGGGGAGCCCGUGGCCGUCAGCUGCGAGGCCGUGCGCCCGGUGCGCGUACUGGGCUGGGAGUCCGCGGUGGGUUCGGCCCACACCCAGCGGGACCAGUCCGUCCAGUGGAAGGUGGACAGUCUCAUCGACUGGAUAGAGGAGCCCAUCUGCUACGGAGUCUUCUUCACCGCCCCGAGACAGUGUGAGGAGAAACUCAACCUGGUCCUCUACAAGACUCCAGACAGUCUGUCCAUCCGCCCGGUCAACCACACGGGUCCGAUGCUGGAGGGCAGGGAGUACCAGCUGCUCUGCGAGGUCCACAACAUUGCUCCGGUCCAGUACCUGACCCUCCGGUGGUACAGAGGACAGGCGGAGGUGUAUAAACACUCGUUCACAGACCUCACUCCUCCCUCGCCCGUCCAGGUGUCCUCCAUCCUCAUGGUCACCCCGACCAGGGAUGACGAUGGUGUUCAGUACAGGUGUGUCGCAGAACUCGACCUGGGACCAGAGGGGCCCCGGCCUCCUCCGACCGUCGCCUCGGAGCCUCUUAAUGCCUCUGUAUAUUACCCCCCAACAUUCCUCAGCUCUGAGCCGGAGAUGCUGAACCUGGUUGUGGGUGCUGAGAUCACCUUAAACUGCACCGCCUGGGGGAACCCGGCGCCCACGUACAGCUGGCAGCUCCCACAUCCCACGCCGGAGAACACGGACCAUCAGGCUGUUCUCACCUCCUCCUCUCUGCUGCCGGGGACCUACACCUGCACCGCCUCCAACCAGCUGGGCAAGCAGAGAAAGCAGUUCAUCAUCAAGGCAAAGUCAAAAGGUGCGUAAAACAAGAACCCCCUCUGACAAGACCAGGGGGGCCGCUCCGGAGCAGCCGGUGUGUAGGAGAUGUGGCAGGAUUUUGGCGCCGCCUUCCGGCAGAAGGGAAGAAUCCGGACGCAGAAGCCGCACGUGCUUCGGAGCACCGUGGCGCUCACCGAUAGAAUCAGCUUCAUACAUACGAAGAGGCGAAACGGCUCUUCAGUGAUUGAUUACCGACUGUUCUUUGACCUGUCUCGUGGGUAUUUUAACAAAUUGUAAAGUAGCGCGUGCUGUAGGAUGCAGUCCACUUGACACUUUUAUGACGUCGUGUUGUUUCUACAGGUAGAGUCAUUUAUAUUGUCCUCCCUUAACAUAGCAGGGAAACUAGAAGCGGCUGCCUUCUCGGAGUACACGUUUAACCGUCUAACACAGCAGCUUUGCGUCAUUAACAACUGCGGGUGGAGAAUUGAUGGAGGAAGAAAGGUGUGGAAUAACUGAGACGUGUGAUUCAUGUUAGUCAGCUCCAGGUGUAGAGGGGCAUACGGUUCACAACGCUCGUUAACUGUCAAUGGAUCGUUACUGUAAAUAAGAACCGUGUUUUCUUACGUAAAUGAAUAAAAUUUAAUUACAAAGAAGCCUCACAACUGUGAUGAUGAUGAUGAUGAUGAUGAUGAUGAUGAUGUUCACUAUGAUUAUUUUCAAUCAUGAUUAAAUUCUCAUUAUAAGGUGG